AGCAGGCAGGCAAAUUUAGAACCCAGAACAGAACAGAACUGAGCAAAACUGAUCUGAAAAUUAGCCAUGCAGCAGACAGGCGUGCAAAAGAAAAAGCCAAGGCAUCGCAAUCGUCCGAGGAACAAGUGCAAUCAGGUGCAGUCUGACCAGACGGACAGUGCAGGGGCAGAAGAAAAACCCCCUUCAGUGGUCACAACCCAGGAGGCGGAAGCGGGGCCAGGGCCAGACAACGAUCCCAUCAAGCUGAUACAGCAGCUAUUGCGUAGGAAGCUGCUGGCCAAGAGCGCGGUUCCUACUUCCAAGAAACACGAGCCUACUGGCGCCCCACCUGAACCAGCGACAGCGAAGCCAUCAAAGCAAGCCAAAGAGGAUGAGAGGAAGCCGAGGACUCCAGCAGUUCCCACUUCGAGUGCCCCAGAGCCAGUAGUGCCGAAAGUAGCAGGAACUCCUGCCAAGCAAUCGAAGGAUGUCAGGGGCUACGAAGUGAACGAGCUGCUGAAGUGCUUGGGCAGCAGAUUGCAGAUGGGCGGUGGGGAAUCGCCUACAGCGGCGAUGUUCAGCAAUCUGAGCAAGCUGUUCAGCCAGGCGCCUCCCAGCGAUGUUGAGUCCUCCGACGAUGAGGCCGAGUACAUUGAAUACAUAUAUAAGCCGCGGAAAUAUUUUAUGGCCUCACUGUGCAACCUCUGUAAAGCGGAUCUCUGCGGCCGGAGUUCGCUGCCUUGUGCCCGCUGCGGAUUGAGCUACUACUGCAGUCCCAGCCAUAUGAGGGAGGAUCAGGACCAUCGCCAGCUGUGCUAUGCCCUGCGCCAGGCAGUGGACCUCAGCGGUCACGAGAUGUUCUACAAGUGCGGUGCGUUCAGUGCCGAGCAAUUUCGUUCGUAUCGGAUUGUGUGCAUACGGCAGGUAGAGAAGGAAAUGAAUCGUCCGCUCUCGCCCACGGAGCAAGAGGUGCUACUCUUUCCCCUCAUCUGCGGGGACCAAAAGUGCCGCGAGCAUCGCUUUAAGCGUCUUCAACUCUGUGGCGGCUGUGGGGAGUUCGCCUCCUGCAGGGACAAGCCAGACCAUCGGAGUCCUGAGCAUGCCAAGUGGUGCGGGGCCUACAGACUGUUUAAGGCCUUUGUCAUGUUCCAGGCCAAAUUUGGACGGCUGGAGCCGUCGCUACCCAACAGGGUUCUCCGGGAGCUGCCCAUGGCCUGCUGCAAUUCGAGGCAAAUGAUGAAAAAACUUAGUUUUAAUGUCGUUGAUGAGUGUGAGUAUGCUGCCCUUACCCAGGUCUCCACCGGACCCCUGACGGCCUGGUUUGCCCUGAAGCUCUGCGAGCGCUUGAGAAACAGCGAGCUGACGCUUCAUCUAAUAGGAGCUGAGAUCGAAUUCGAGGUCGAUGUGCUGCAGAAAUGGGAGCUCUUCCUUCUGCACAUAAUGCCAGCUCUGAAAUGCCUGAAUGUGGUCUUCGUAGGACCAGAACUGAAUCCCAAUAACAUCUCCUUUGAGCAACUGAAGAAGAUCAAAUGCUGUCGCUUGUGUCGUAAGGCUCAGAGGACAGUGAACUAUCACUUUGAAAAUAAUCUCUAUCACGACUACUGCCGAGAGCCGCAGUUUCUCCAACCAGAUUUGGUGUGCUUUUACAAUUCGGGACUGUAUCGGUCGACGGGAUAUGCCUUGGAGGACACCUGGCCUGACACCAUACAGGCCUCUCUUAAUCUUAAAUGCCCCAUUGUGGUCACCUCUUAUACCAAAUACGAAGCUCCGUUGGACAUGGCACAGUUCGUCGGUCAAUCGAAUCGUCAUUUGAAUAUUGUGUUGCCUCCGACCACAAAUCCUUUCUCAUCUGAGAAGCCAGAGCGUAAUUUCAUAUCGGACAACGAAGCUCCCUUUAUGUUUAAGAACUUUUAUUGUUUUGUUGUCGAGUAAGUUUGAAUUUGAAUUUAAAUGCAAUUUCCGUUGAACGACGAAAUGUGGCGCCCCUACCGGCGAGUGGAUUUGUUAAUGACUUUAUUCCGUUUACCCACACUUCCUCUCGUUCAGUGCAGUAAAGUACAACAUUAAGUUUGAAAUAAAAAGGGCGCUUACGCUGAG